AUGGAGACCCCGGGGGUACCAGAAGGGGCGCGGGCACCCAGCGAGCUGAACCGCGCUCUCGGCGGCCAAGGCUUAGCCAGAUCCCCGAAGCACCUGUGGCGGCAGCCGCGGCGCCCCAUCCGUAUCCAGCAGCGAUUCCACUCGGACCCGGACAAGUCCGCGGGCCGCAGCCAGCAGAACCGGGGUCCGCGGCUGGGGCUCCAGAAGUCAAGGUGCUCCUGCCCCACUUCCUUCCAUGGCUUUGACCUGGAAAAUGCACUCUCACGCGGGAGAAGCGCCCAGGACCCUCAGGUCGGGCUUGGCCCUGGCCAGGUCACCCAACACAGCCAGCGGCGUGAGUCCUUCCUGUACCGCUCGGAGAGCGACUACGAGCUCUUGCCUAAGGCCAUGUCCCGGAACUCUUCUGUGGCCAGUGACCUACAUGGAGAAGACAUGAUUGUGACACCCUUUGCCCAGGUCCUGGCCAGUCUGCGGACUGUUCGGAGCAAUGUUGCUGCGCUAGCCCACCUGCAAGGCCACAGAGCAGCCAAGCAGACAUCCAUCGGGAACCCUCCAUCUGGCAGUCAGCCCCCUCCUCCUCCAGAGGACACUGGGCAGAAGCUGGCCUUGGAGACACUGGAUGAGCUGGACUGGUGUCUGGAUCAGCUGGAGACCCUGCAGACCCGGCACUCGGUGGGGGACAUGGCCUCCAACAAGUUCAAGCGGAUGCUGACCCGGGAGUUGACUCACUUGUCUGAGACCAGCCGCUCGGGGAACCAGGUGUCAGAGUACAUUUCCCAAACCUUCCUGGACCAACAGACCGAGGUGGAGUUACCCAAGGGAACCCCCAAGGAACCCUCGAGGCCCAUGUCCCAGAUCAGCGGCCUGCAGGGGCUCCCCCACAGUGCCAGCCUCCCCACAGCCACCACUCCAUGCUUUGGGGUCCAGACUGACCAGGAGGCGCAACUGGCCAAGGAACUGGAAGACACCAAUAAGUGGGGGCUUGAUGUGUUCAAGGUGGCAGAGCUAAGUGGGAACCGGCCCCUCACAGCCAUCAUAUUCAGCAUCUUUCAGAAACGGGACCUGCUCAAGACCUUCCAGAUCCCGGUGGACACACUUGCCACCUACCUGCUGACGCUGGAGGGUCACUACCACGCCGACGUGGCCUACCACAACAGCCUGCAUGCCGCUGACGUGGCCCAGUCCACGCAUGUGCUGCUGGCCAUGCCCGCCCUGGAGGCUGUGUUCACAGACUUGGAAGUCCUGGCUGCCAUCUUUGCAAGCGCCAUCCAUGAUGUGGACCAUCCUGGGGUCUCCAACCAGUUUCUCAUUAACACCAACUCGGAGCUGGCGCUGAUGUACAAUGACGCCUCCGUGCUGGAGAACCACCACCUGGCUGUGGGCUUCAAGCUGCUGCAGGCAGAGAACUGCAACGUCUUCCAGAACCUCAGCACCAAGGAGUGGCUGAGUCUGCGCAGGAUGGUCAUCGACAUAGUGCUGGCCACUGACAUGUCCAAACACAUGAACCUCCUGGCUGACCUCAAGACCAUGGUGGAGACCAAGAAAGUGACGAGCCUGGGAGUCCUGCUGCUGGACAACUACUCGGACCGCAUCCAGGUCUUGCAGAACCUGGUGCACUGUGCUGACCUCAGCAACCCCACUAAGCCGCUGCCCCUGUACCGCCAGUGGACAGACCGAAUCAUGGCUGAGUUCUUCCAGCAGGGAGACCGUGAGCGGGAGUCGGGCCUGGACAUCAGCCCCAUGUGUGACAAGCACACAGCCUCAGUGGAGAAGUCCCAGGUGGGUUUCAUUGACUACAUCGCCCACCCACUGUGGGAGACCUGGGCUGACCUGGUACACCCAGAUGCACAGGACCUGCUGGACACGCUAGAGGACAACCGCGAGUGGUACCUGAGCAAGAUCCCCCGCAGCCCCGUGGAUCCCACCAGCCCUGAGCAGGGCGGCCUUGACAGAUUCCAGUUUGAGCUGACUCUGGAGGAGGCAGAAGAGGAGGAGGAGGAGGAGGAGAGAAUGUUGGCCCAAGAGGCCUCAGAGUCACCUGACACUGACCUCCUGUCCCCUGAGGCCAGCUCAGACCCUGGGGCCUUAUGCCUAGACAACCAGAGGACAGUGGGCAAGCCCUGCAUGGACCAUGAGGGCAAUGUAACCGCUGAGCCAUCUGGCUCCUAAUGGCCCCUAAUGAGUGGGUGGACUCUCCAGGAAGAGGUCCCAGAUGAUCAUGCCUUGCCUUCUCCACACACUGAGGGGGACAGCCUUAGUUAUAGGCAAGUUUCAGGAUUGAAGCUGGCUGGGGUCCACUCUGACCCCGGGCUCUGCCGAGCUCUCCUCCUCCAGCGUCAGCUCUGACGUUGGGGCUGGGUCAGGCCCAGCUUCUCCAGCGGUCACUCUUGAGCCACACCCAUCACUUACUCUUUCAUUCUUUAUCAGAUAUUUAUUGGGCACAUCCUGUGUGCCUGGCCUGUGCCUGCUAUGUGCCUCUGGGGGAGCCCUGUGCGACGGGUGAGGAGUCAGCCCCAAGGAGAUGCCCCCCACAGGCACCUCCCUGUCAUCUGCUGGGGACCUUGAUGGGGAAAAGCUUUGUCCAGUCCCAACUCUGGUUCUGGAGCUCUGGAGGGGGUGGUCAGGGGGCAGCAGAGAGAGGGCUCUGUGUGGGGACAUCUCUGAAGACUGAUGUGGCCUGUUGCUGCUUGUGCAUCAGUUAUUGCUUUAAGUAGCUGCGAUUUCUUCUUCAGGUGCCUCUGGGUGCACCUGUUCUCUCUGACCUCAGGACCUCCUGCUGGCCCCUCCCCCCAUUCUCCCUCUUAUACAACAGCAACAAAAGCACACAAUUCCUGUCACCCCUACCGUGGGUCUCUGUAUCCCCCAAUUCUGAGGGUGCCCCAGACACCUCCUAGGGAGGCCUCCUAGGCCUCAGUUUCCCCUCUAUGGCCUGAUCCUAGUAUUUGGGUAAACUUUGGUUGAGAGGUAGUGUCUCUGAGCACCCUGAAAUAUCUUAGAAAUCUGGGGCGUUGAACGUUUCUCUGGAGUUAAA